AUGUAUACCUUUGAAAAGAAGGAAGAAACGUACUUAACUAAGGCUAUAUAUGCAUACGGCAUAAAUAAAAACAUAUAUAACCCUUUUUAUUUACUAGAUGAGAAUUUGAUUUUUUAUUGCGUAGGAACAAAUGGAGUUGUGCAUUCUCUUCUAGAAAGGAAUCAAAGGUUUUUGCUAAGUGAGGAAAGCAGUUAUGGCAUCAUAUGUUUAGGUAUUAGUAAUGAUAAGAAAUUACUAGCGUUAGGAGAAAAAUCGAUAAAUAAACCAUUUAUAUCUAUUUUUUCUAAUGAUUAUAAACUAGUUAAAAGGUUGACUUUAGAGAUAUCUGAUAAUGAAAGUGAUAUUAUGAAUAUAUGUUUUUCAUCAAAAAAUAAAUAUAUAUAUUGUAUAACUAAUGGAAGUACAAAAAGUUUAUUAUUAUGUUAUGACUGGAUUCAGGAAAAAUUAAUUUUUAGCAAAAUUUUUCCACCCUCUCUUUUUCGUAAAAAUUGUGAAAUUUGCUUGAAUGCACAAAAUUCUGCGUAUAUUGCUUUGCUAUCAAUAAAUAAUUUGAAUUUAGCUAAUGAGGAUACUAAUAAGAGUCAGUUUAUUAAGGACAAAGGUGUAGAAGAUCUGAGUAGUAAUAAUAUCAUAGGUAUAGGAAGAUACGAUGGGUCUGACCUCACAUCAAGUAGUAAUGUGAACAAAAACGACAGCACUAAAAAUGAGGAUAAAAAUGAAAUAAAUAGUGUUAACAGGUUAGCUGGUAGUAUUAAUUUCUCUCCUGUGUAUGGUGUAUCAGGAAGAGAAGUUCUACUUUACCAUAAUGUUGAACGAAACUUGGUGGAAAUAAAAAUAAGAAAUAAAAAGCUUGAAAAGAUUGAUAACUAUUAUACUAAUUGUUGUUGGUUGAAUGAUGGGACUUUAUUACUAGUUAAUAGGAACAAUUAUUUAAUAUUUUAUGAUGUUAAAAAAGAAAAAUUAAAAAUUUUCAAUAAACAUAUAAGUAAUGAUGAUAUAGUAAACGUAACAUAUUUGACAAAAGGUUUUCUAUUAUUUGAUUAUAGAUUUAUAUACGUUUAUGAAAAGUCUAAUGAUUUAAGUACACAUUUAAGUUACUCAUUAAAAUAUUAUAUCAAUUUCAAUUAUGGUUUAUUAUUUAGUAGUUACUUUGUACUUUCAUCAUGUGAAAAAUUUUUAUAUUUUUUGGGUCAAGAUGGAAAAUUAAAAAGGUUUGAUAUAACAAGGAGUAAAAUUGUACCAGAAUAUUCGAAGAACGUAAAUUAUGAGAGUCUUAGAGAUGGUACAUCAACAAAGGAUAGCCUACAAAGUGGUAAUAAUAAAGAUCAGAGAAUAAAGCGCACCGAUGAUUACAAACAACCCCUUGAUAUUAAGCAGUUUGAGCCGUUAAAUGAAUCUCUAACGAACCAAAAUAGAAAGGCGGGUGAAGGAGGUAAAUCUACCGAUUAUGUAAGUAGCAGUAGUGAAGGGAAGAAGCAUCGGCACAAGCAGGAGAAGGAGAAAGAGAAAGAGGAGGUGGACGAACGGGACCAUCAGGACAACCAAGACGACCAAGAACAGCAAUAUGAUGCAGAUCAUCUGUAUAACCAACACGGCCAAAAGAACAACGCUUACAAUCUCAUGGGGAAUAACUCUACAGAUGAUAUCACGAAGGACGAUGAUAAAAAUAUAGAAACUGUGUUGGAAAACAUCAGUUCUGCUAAAAUCAACGAUUUUGAUGUUUGUCUACUGCAACCGCUAAUUAUUAUUUGUUACGAUGAUAAUGUAAUAAAAAUAAUUAAUUAUAAAAAGAAGGAAGAAGUUAUGUCGAAUUCUUUUAAUAAUGAACCAUUGCAUUUGUCUAUACAUUGCUCUGGUCAUCUUUUAUUAGUUGCAUUUACAGAUAAGUUGAGGGUAUUCCAUAUUUUAUAUAAUAAACUAAAAGUGAAAAAAGAAUUUUUUUUAAAAAAUUGUUCGUGUUGUAAAUUUUCAAAUGGGGGUAACUUCAUGGCUGUGUCAAAGAUUUCGACAUUAUAUAUUUACAAAACUUAUACAUAUGAUUUGUUAUAUGUAUUAAAAUCUCAUGUGAAUUAUAUUACCGACAUUAUAUGGAGCUUUAAUGACUUUUCCAUUUUUUCAAUAGGAAAAGAUGGAUACAUGUUUGAGUAUUCUCUUUAUAAUAAUGGCAAUAAGAAUAUUGAAAUAAUGCAAAAGGAAAAAAAGUUUUUAAGUUUAGAUUUAGAAUUUCUAAACGAUAAGGAUAAAAAGAAAGAAAUUAAUGAAAAAAAUAAUUUAGAUCAAAUGAAAUAUGAUAAUGAGAAUAAAAGUUUUAACAAUAAUCUAAGAUCUAAUGAAAUAAAAAAUAUAUAUGUUUCUUGUGAUGAUUAUACUAUUAAACAAUUUUGUGGUACAAAAAUGGAGUGCGUUAUAGAAUCUGAACAUGUAAUUAAUAAAAUAUUACUUUAUAAAAAUAAAUUUCUAAUUGCUACUUUUCAUAAUGGCUUUUUUUGUAGAAUUAGAUUUUACAAAUUACCUUUAUGUGGUAUAUAUUUAGAAAUCCCUUGUCAUAUUUCGAAUUGUGUGAAUUUAAAGUUAGAUGUGAGUAGAGAGUUAUUAUUUAGUUGUUCUAAAGAUGGUUCUAUAUAUAUAUUUUCUAUAGAAAAAGUGGACAAUUACUUUUUAGAAACUAAUAAUAUGACAACCACCAAUUAUGUGGUGGCCUGUGCUGAUGGUGAGAGUGGAAUCUACAGGCAUAAGAGCGAUGAUUAUGGCAGGAGCGACGACCUAGAAGAAAUGCAUGAUAGGAAUAAUAACAGAGCUGUAAUGUAUAACAGCAAUAAUGACAGUAGUAAUAGUAGAUGUUAUUGUAAAAAUGAUACAGCGAAAGUUUACAGUGAUGUUUUGAAGACAAGGAAUGAUCUAGGAGUUAAUGUAAAUUUAGAGGAACGGAAAAGUACGCAUAAUAGUGAAUUUACGAUGAGGGAGAAGAAGCUAAGUUUGUCAGACCUAAACAAUGAUAGUAAUACUAACAAGAGUAACAAUAACAAUAACAAUAACAAUAACAUUCUCGGAAGCAAUAACAAUAACAGUAACAAUAACAUUCUCGGAAGCAAUAACAACACAUUAAGUGAAAAGAGAAAAAUGAGAACUAGCUUUUUAUUAUACGACUUGAACAGUAAAUCUAACUAUAUGUUAAAUGAAGAUGAAAAAGAAAACGAAGAUAUUUUAAUUGAUUUUUAUUAUGUUCAAAAAAAAAACAAAGAGUUUUUAGAAUUGCAGAAAAAGAUUACAAAUGUAAAAGACCAAAUGGAAUUAGAAAUGAAAAAUAAGGAAUCUAUUUACAAAAAUGAAAUAAAGAAAUUAAAAAAGGAGAAAAAUACAGAGAUAAAUAAUUUAAUGAAAAUUAAUAAAAACAUAAUAAAAGAGAAGGAAAAAAUUGAAAAUGCAUGUAGAGAGUCGCUUUACGAACUGGAAGAAAAGCAUACCUAUUUUGUCAACCAGCUAAAUUCGCAAUUCUACUUAACUAAUAAAAUAUGUGAAGAGAAGUAUUUGAAAAUAGAAGAAGAAUUUAACCUAUAUAAAAAAAAUUCCAUAAAUGAAAUUUUGGACUUAAAAAAUGAACAUGACAUGAAAAUUAAUGAAAUGAGGAAGGAUACAAAUGAACAAAUACAGAAAAAAGAUGAUUAUAUAAAAAACUUUGAAUUAAAAUAUGAAAACUUGCAGAAGGAAAAAGACGAAUAUAUAAAACGGAUAGAAGAAGAUGUCGAUGAAGAAAUCGUAAUAAUAACAAAGAAAUACGAGGAAGAAUUAGAUAAACUGAAAAAGGAUAAAUAUGACUUAUUAGGGAAAUUUAAGUUUUACGAAUAUAUAGAAAACGAGCUUAAGGAAAAUAUUCAAGUUGAAAAGGAAAAGUUCAUAAAAAAUAAUAUCACUGCUAAGAGACUGCAGGAGAAUAUUGACAACCUGAAAGUUGACAUAAACAGCCUAAAGGACAACAUAUUGGGAAAAGAAAAAGAAAUUGAAUCUAAGAAUAACGAGAUAGCUAAUUUGAAUAAAAAAAAUGAAGAAUUGGAGAAACUGAAAAUUGUGCUUACUCAGAAAAUAAAGGAUUUGGAAUCAAAUUUAUCUCCAAAAGAUUCUGAAAUAAAAAUAAUGAGGGAAAAAAUCGAUGAAAUGGCUGAAUGUUUUGAAAAUAAUCACAAGAAGACUGUAAAUUUGCAAAUUGAAAUUAAUGAAUAUAAAAUGAAAAUUAAAUCAUUACAAGGGGAUUUACUAAGUUAUAAUAAAACUAUAGGGAAUUACGAAAAAAUUCUUAAAAAUUUACAAGAACAUAUAAAGGAAUGUUAUUUACAUCUACAUGAUAAAAAAAUAUUCAAUUCUUCCUUUUUGAAUUUAUAUAACAAAUUUCAUAAAGUUAAUGAUGUUAAGAAUUAUGAUACAAAAAAUGUUUUUUCUGAAUAUAUUAGGCAAAAAGAAUAUUUAGAAAAUAUGAUACAAGUACUAAAAGAUAAGCUAGAUAAAGAGACCGAAGCUUUUAGAACAGAAAAAAUAAAAAUGAUGAACGAAAAUUCAUUACUACUUAAAGAAAUUAAUGACUUGAAAAUGGAUUUAAAUUUCUUAAAAUCAGAAUGCCAUGAUGUAAAAUUAAAAAAUAGAAAAAUGGAAUUUUUAAGAAAAUUUAACAAAAAGAAAGAAACGGGGAAAAGUACCACAAAUGCGGUUGCCAAAGGAGAAACAUAA